AUGGUGAAAAAGAGAGUUGGUUCAGAGAACCAAAUAUAUCAAGAUCUGGAAAGGUUUUUAGGUUUGCCGAUUUCACACGAUAUUAAUAAACAUCCAUUUAUCCUUAAUUCUAUAUUGCAUACCAUAUUAUUAUGCACAAUAACAUCAAUUUUGUAUUUAAAUAUUUAUCAACAAACGAACAACAAAACCAAACGAACUAUACAUUUUGAUAAAUAA